AUGGAGUGUGUGUCAUAUGACAACAGGGAUUCAAACAACGCAUUGUACAAUAAUGAAUUAAUAAAUGGGAAUGUAGAAAUCCACAACACGUGCGCAAAUAAUAAUAAUAAUUGUAAAUCAAUUGAAAUAAACACAUAUAAGAAUGUAUUUGAGAAAGGUUUUAACUGUAAACAAUAUGGGAAAUCGGAAAUUAGAACAAAUAACAGAAAAAAUGAAGAAAAAAAAGGGAAUCAUACGAAAAAUUGUAUUGAUGACGACAUGAUUGACAAUUUUAAAGUGGGACAAACUCAUUUAGACUCCAAUCAAAAAAUUAGAAAAAAUGUGCGAUCAAAAAAUUUUCCAAAAAAUAAAGGGGAGUCCAAUCAUUUAUUAUAUGAAGAUAAAUAUAUGAAUGAUCACUGUAUGGAAAAAGGGAAACGCUUAGACAAUUAUUAUACAAAUGGAAAUACAGGAAAUAAGAAAUUUAACGAUUUUCGAAUAAAAAAGGGUAUUGUAUUCGACAAUGGUGACAACAAUAAUAACAGUAGUUACAAUAAGAACGAAAACUUUGGAAAAAAUAAUCCAGACUCAAAUAUUAACAUGUUAGAGGUUACCGAGGAAAAGUGCGUCAAAAAUAUGAUUAAUAAUAAUCGUAAUAAUAUAGUGACAACCUCUGAAAAAGUAAACAUUAGCACGGAAAUAAAUAGAAAUAGAAGAAGAUAUCGAUAUCAAGAAAAACAAAGAUUUAACUUUACGAAUAAACGGGAAGAAAGCGGAAUUUAUAAUGAUAAAAAUAGAAAAAUUGAAUGUGUUAGUAAUGAUGAUAAUAUCGUUUCACAAAAUUUUGACAUAAAUGAUGGGAGAUUAUGUGGUGCUGUAGAUGACUUUAAUGAUGGUGUGCAUGAUAUCGUAAAUUAUAACAUGAAUUAUAAUUACCUAAGCCACGAAAAUAACGGUAGUAGUAGAAGCGUACACAAUAAAAAAUGUAGCUUCGUGCGGAAAAGUAAAUCUUUGAACAGAAGUAACAUUUAUGAAAAGGAAGAAAACGUUAGUCCAUUUGUAUCUAUUACGAAUAGAGAAAUUUUAGAAGAGAGGGAGGAUUAUACAAAUGUAUCAAAGAAAACAUGUUCAAAUAAUGAACUAAAAUUUAAAGAAAGAAAAAAAGAUACAUCUAAUUCCACAAGUAGAGAAGCAAAUUACGAUUUUAAGAGUGCAUUAAAUGUUCAAUUUUGUAAGACCAAGAUGUGCCCAUAUAUGAACACUAAAGAAAAGUGCAAAAGAUUUUUAAAUAGUAUGUGUCCGUAUGCACAUGACCAAAGUGAACUAAAACCAUUUCCUGAUUUGUACAAAACGGCAAUGUGUCGUAACUUUAUGAAAAAUUUAUGUAAUAAAACGAAGAUAGAAUGUAAUUUUGCGCAUAAUGUGGAAGAACUUCGAUCAACCGACGAAUUUUACAAAACAACAUUAUGUAAGUUUUUUCUUAAUGGAUAUUGUAAAGCGGAUGCAAAUUGUAGACAUGCUCAUGGACAUAAAGAGCUAAAAUAUAGACCCCUCAGUAAUGUGUCUCAGGAGAAUUGCAAGGAUAGCGCAGAAAAAGAAAUUAACAUUAUUGAAGAGAGUAAUGAAAAUAAUUUAGAAGAUAAUGAUGAGAAGACCGAUGCGGAAAGGAGAGGAAAUAUACUAAAUAAGGAUUCAAUGAAUAAGUUUAAAUCGUCGGAAAGUUGUAACAUGAUCGAAGGUAAGGAUAUAAGGACAAUAAGGGUAGAGGAAAUUGCAGAAGAGGGGGGAAUGUUUGAAGCAGAAGUUAUUAAAGGGGAUGAUGCUACUGCAAAGGAAAAUGUUGAUGAGGAAAAGGGAAGCAUAUUAAGCAUGGGCAAUAUGAAAAAAAAUGAUAAUAAAAAGAAGAAAGAAAAGUUUUAUAACAUAUCACGUAAGCUCAUGUCAGUUAGCACGAAGGACACUUGUUGCUUUUUAUCAAAUGUAUUCUCCAAAAAUAUAGGAUCCUCAGAAAAUUGUGAUGAUGAAAACGAGAGUGUAAGGACGAAUGAAGAUUCCACUAUAGCCCAUAGUAAUGGUGACUCUAAAAUUAAAAGCCUCGACAACGGAAAUAAACAUUUUAAAGGGGACAUGGCACAUUCUGAUUUUCCAUUAAAAUCUGACGAAACUAUGGACCAAAAUGAAAUAAAAAAUGAAGGAGUUAAUAAUUCUUGUAACGUUAUUGUGAAGGAAAGCAUGAAUAGAAGUGACACUAAUAAGGAGCCCAAUUCAGUAGAAAAUAUUAAAUCGGUUCGGAAUGAACAUAUUGGAGAAGAUAUUGAGAGUGACAAAAUUGAUGUGAAACUUGAACGGAACAAUAAAAAUUCCUCUUAUUCGAGUACAGACAAAGGUAGGAACUUAACGUUGAAUGAAAAUUUCGUUUUUAAAAAAGAAAACAGAAAAUUAUUCCUCGAUGAUAAUAUGUAUCUACAUAAAAAUAAACUGAACAAUGGUGUAGAUAAAGGUUCGAACGAAUUUAUCAUUCAUACAAAAUUUGACAGAAAAAAAAUUAGCAAAGGGCAUGCGAACACGAAUUUCCCCUUACUGAAUUAUAAGGAUGAUACAAAAAAUUUUAAGGAAAAUAUAACAAAUGAAAAAUUCAAAUCAAGGGCAAACAUGGGUGAUUCUGUCGAUAUUAAUAACGAAUUAUGUCCCAAAAAUUCAUCACAUUUUCCCAGAUUAUGUAAUACUAGUAUGUGUAAUUAUAAUGAAGACAUGAAACAUACUGAAAAUAACACUUGGGAACACAAGAGUCAUGGUUGCAGAGUUAGCAAUGCGUAUAGCCAGCAAAUAGGAGAGAAUUGCAAUGGUGAAUAUAACAAAAUCAGUUAUAAAAAUAAGAAAUUUUACAAUACCAACAAGAGCAGUUUUAAAGACAUCAAAGGUAGUGUUAGUAACAACAAUUUUAAUGGAAUUCAUGGUAAUAAUGUGGACAAUUAUUACACCAGUAUGAAUAAGAAUUAUGGAAAUAGCAAAAGAUUAAAUGGCGCAAACGGGGUAUAUGGCAGUGGAAUGUACAAUAAUCACAAUGUUAGUAUAGACAACAGCAAUAACAAUGUGAUGAAUGGCGACAUGAUGAAUAACGUAGUGACGAGAAACGAUUUACGGAAUAACCAUGGAAGAAAUUUCACCAGAAAUAGCGUUAGAAACAUGAAAAACAAUGCAAGAAACAACAACUGGAGGAAUAACUACAUUUCGAAUUAUGGAAUUUACAAUAAUGAGAUGAACCCUAACGAUGUUAUGGAUAACAAUUUCGAUGAAAAUAAUAACCUACAUACGAUGAAUACUGAAAAUAUGAACAACUAUAACAACAGCUUCAGCUGCUACAAUAUCAGCGACAUAAACGUAAAUAAGUCUAUAGACAUGAAUAAUGACCAUCACAAAAAUGUAACUCAGAGCAGUAACUGCAAUGUGGUCUAUGGAGAAACCAGCAUGCACGGCCAUAACAGUUAUGAUAGUAAUUAUAACAACGGUAAUGGCAAUCAUAUUAUGAUCAAUCAGAGCGCUAAUCACAGUGGCAACUACGGUGGCAAAAAUAGCAACAAAAACAGCGGCAAAAACAGCGACAAAAACAGUGGUAAAAACAGUGGUAGCAAUAACAAUCCGUGUUUUUUGCAGGACUAUGCCCCUUCCAACCCUAACAAUAUAACAAAACCUAAUAAAAAUUAUAGAGGUAAAAAUAAAAACAUGCAGCACAACAUGUUAUAUGAAACUAGCAACAACAACAACCUUGAUAAUAACAAUGGAUAUGAUAAUAAUAAUAACAUAUAUGGCCUAAGGACUAUGCAACUGAAUGGUAAUUACAACACAAAUGGCUUUAACUUAGAUGGCCCAGUAAACAAGGUAAUUAAUCAUAACGUAGAUGAUAAUAUUUAUGGAGAUUUGUAUAUCAAUAAUGGUACCACGAAUAAUCAUCCUGGUAGUAUCAGUAGCAACUAUAAUAGUGAUGUUUUUAACAAUUAUUCUCCAUAUAACUACGAUGUUUGUAGUCCACAUAUGAUGAAUGUAUCUAUGGAAAAAUGUGGAAUUAUGCAUAGCAUCGGCAUUGAACCAAGUGUACGCAAUAAUAAUAUGUACAAUAUAACAAGCAUGAAUAUGUUUAGCGAGGUACAUAACGGCGUGCUUAACGACCCCCAAUAUGACACACUUAGUAGUUUAGAUCAUAAUGACAAAAAAGUGCAUGAUAAUGUACAUGGAAGUAGAAAUAAGAAAUGCUUUAUGAACAGUAAUGUUUAUAAUGAAACGUCGUAUAAAAGUAGUGAUGAAAAUUGUAGAAAGGCAGGGAACAUGAAAAAUUUGACACAACCAUUUGUAUGUAAUUAUAAUAUGAAUGACGAAAUGAGUGUAACAAAAGACAAUUUAUUAUAUAGGGAGCCAAAAGGAGGAUACCCCUUAAAAAAUUUUAAAAAUGGACAAAUGAUAGAAUCAGAGGAACUGAAAAGAAAUAAUUAUGACGAUAUUAAUUUAGGUACAAAGAAAUUUGAUUACAUUUGUAAGAAUGAAAAAGAGUACAAGGAAAAGGAUCGUGGCAAUAAAAAUAAUUCAAGUGAAAUAAAAGGGACUACUUACUGCACCAAUUUUAAAAAGAAAAAUAGUAUGAAGGCAUUAGAGGAAAAUCAUGCAUUUUAUGACAAUGGAAACAGAAGCCGUAAUGAUUAUAAUGGCACUAAUGGCCACAGUAAUAGCAGCAACUGUAGAAGUAGUAAUCGUCAUACUAUACGUGAUCGUAAUGAAAGCGUGAAACAAAGCACUUUGAAGACACAAUUGACUUCUUAUGUCACCCCUGUGAACACACUAGCAGGAUUUUCAUCGUGCAGUGAUGAGAAUUUAAAAGAAUAUGUCCCUUUGGGAAAAGUGAAAGUCCAAAAUUAUGUUUCAAAAAAUGUAUUUUUGAAAAGUGCUAAUUUGAAAAGUGGUAAUGCGAAAAAUAAGUUUUCACAUAGUAAGGGGUCACAAAGUAAGAUAUCACAAAAUAGGGGAUCGCAAAAUAAAAGAACACAAAAUGGGGAACCACAAUUCCGGGUGGAGGAAAAUGAAAAAGAAAAAAAAACAAAGGAGAAGCACCAGAACGAACCAGGUAGAGAAGGAGAAAUAAUAGACCAACAAAGUAAUGUUCUUAGUAGAAAUAAAAAUAUUGAAAAAUAUUUAAUUGGCCAAGAACCCAAAACGUGUGUUUCAUGCUAUCAAUAUAUGACAGAAUCUACACCCGAGGACAUUGUAUCAACCGAACCAUACUGUUUAACAUGUGGACAUGUUAUAAAAAAAUCACUAUCUUUAAUGAUAAUAGAAUUACUACGGCCACAGGUAGAACACUUACUUUCAGAUGCUAAUUUUUAUGUGCAAAACUAUCAUGAUUAA